CUUGUUUGUGGAGCGGCGACGGGAGGUAUGAGGAAUGCUGCGCGGCUAACGAUAGCAACAUCCACGAGUGGGGAUUUAAUUCACUCCCGGUCCUCGGUUCCUCCGGAGCUCGAGCACCAGCUGCUGCGGGACACGACCCCGUCUGUACCCGCGGGUUCCCCUGCUUCGUUCCCGCCGAGGCGAGCGGCGGCCGCGGCAGAGCCCCGCUUCUCCCGAGCAGAGGGGAGCGGCCUGCCUCUGUAGGCGGCUUCCCGGUGCUGCUCAGGCGGCCAGCGCUGUCACGAGAGCCCGCUGCUCCCGCUGGCUUGUUUUUCCGUGCGCCGAGAGAAGCGUGGGAGCCGUGAAAUCCGUUUAACUGCGAUAAUCACCCGGUCCCCUCCACCCGCCGCCGCCGCCUGCGACCCGCAGCCGCCGGGGUUUCUCAGCCGGGGGGCAGCGUCCGGAGCCGGGGCGGCCUGUUUUGUUUUCGAGCCGCCGCCAUGAAUCUCCGCGAACAAUAACAAGAGCCGUGACGAGCCCCCGCAGGCUGUGCACCGCGGAGCCGAGCCGCGCACCCCGGCUGUGGGGGGACGACACGCGCGCCGUGCGGUACCGCGAACCCUCCGGGACGAGCAUGCAUGUGGACUAUGGCACCUCCGGGGGGAAAGCUUUGCAGACGGGAUCAGUUUGUCACGAGAGCCCGCGUUUGAAGCUCCGAGGCGCUGCGAGCUAACCGGCCGUCAGCACCGUUAACGGGCCCCGGUGGAGCAGAGGGCUCCGCGCGGCGUGUAUGGAAACCACCGCCCCGGAUCAACCGACGUGUUUACGCAUGCCUGUGAGCGCACGGCCCCAUCGGCAGCAGCGGUUCUUUUCCAGCCGGGACCCGCGGGGGAUGGGUCGGAUGUGACUGGGGGCUGUGCUCCGUGCACAGACGGCCGCAUGUGUGGCUCUACCGCCGGGACACUGACACCCUGACACCCCCCUCCCCCCUCUAUGCGCUCCGCCAAGCCCCCCGGACUCCCGCCGACAGAAGCACGCGCGUGUCACCGGGUGGCUCUUGUGUUUUUAACGUAUUAACGAAUCUCUCCUGGACGGACCGGAGCCCCGGGGCCAGGCAGCGGAGAUGAACCCGGUGAAUGCGACCUCUCUCUACGUGUCCGCGAGUCGUUCGGUGCUGCAGUGCGACCCCCGAGACCCCCGGGCCCUCGCGGAGCUCUGCCGGCUGCUGCCCUUCUUCCGUCAGUCCCUGUCCUGCCUGGUCUGUGGUAACCUGCUGCAGGACCCCAUCGCUCCCACCGACUCGUCAUGUCAGCACUACGUCUGUCGAGGCUGUAAGGGUCAGAGGAUGCAGCUGAAGCCCUCCUGUAGUUGGUGUAAGGACUAUUCCCGCUUUGAGGAAAACAGGCAGCUCUCUCUGCUUGUCCACUGUUACAGGAAGCUGUGUCUCUACAUCACUCAGUCGCCACUCGCCCCUCACAUAGCCAGCGCCGCCAGUGACUCGCCAGAUCUCCAGGCCAUCCUCAACGAGGGCCUGAAGUUGGCCGAGAGCGAGCCAGAGGCGGAGGACAUUUCGGAUUCGGUGGGGCUGUCACAAACGGCCUCCACCUCGGACGUGGUCCAUCCCAACGAAGCUUCUCCUGCGAAGGAGCUCAAAGGAGAGGAGCUCAGCCCCCUGAGCAUUAACGGACUCCAUGAUUGUAACGGCCUGGUCAGCUCGGACUCUCUGCAACCCGUCGUCAUAGAAACAGGUGGAGGGGUUGCGAAGCAGGAAAGCUUCUCCACGGAGAUCCCGGUGUGCGUGAGCGUCACCGGGACUGGGGAGGCGGGGCUUUGUGACAUUAGCACCUUCGGGGAUGACCUGAAACAAGGGCCGUUGUUACUGAGUGUCGAGGAGGUGCUCAGGACUCUGGACACGGACCCUGACCCCACGCCCGAGCCCACCCCCCAGCCAGACUGCCCUCCCUCUGUUCCCCAGUCAAGCCUCAACGGGCAGCACUGCCCGUCUGGCCCGGACUCCUCCCGCCUCAUCCCUCCUCCCCCAGAGAACAGCCCUUGCCCCCUCCAGUCUCACCCGCAGCCCUCCUUGCAGCACCCCCAGCCCUCCACAGUCAUCCCACGAGUCCCCCCUCGGUGCCACCGCAAGCGCUCCCGCUCAGAAAGCGACAGCGAGAAGGUGCAGCCUCUCCCCAUCUCCAGCCUCUUACAAGGGCCCCCCCUCGGUGCCAACAGCUCCCCCCACCACCCCCACCCUGGUGCCACCACCAAACAGGAGCCUAAAUUUCCUGCAGUCCCCCACCCUCACCUGGCCCCGGUGCCGAAUGGCGGCCCCCCGAAAGUGGGGAAGACUGUGCUCGUCUCCAACAAGGCACUGAAAAAGACAGUGGAGCAUCAUGGGUCCACAAAGAAGGCUUAUACCAAAGCCAGGCAAGGGGCUCCGAAGCCUCGUGCACAGCCCCGUGACCGCCUGCCCCCUCACCCCCACGCACACCCCCUGACACACCCACCCAGCCCCUCAAAGCCACUGUAUAAGAAGCCUGUGGAGAAGAAGGGCUGCAAGUGCGGCCGAGCCACACAGAACCCCUCCGUGUUGACCUGUAGGGGGCAGCGCUGCCCCUGCUACUCCAACCGCAAGGCGUGUCUGGACUGUAUCUGCCGCGGCUGCCAGAAUUCCUACAUGGCCAACGGAGAGAAGAAGCUCGAAGCCUUCGCCGUGCCGGAGAAAGCUCUGGAACAAACCCGACUCACGCUGGGAAUCAACCUCACCAGUAUCACGGCGGCGGCCCUCCGCAGCCCGGCCACCAGCUCCCCAGGAAACACACUCCUCAACGUCACCGCGGCCACGGGCGCGCCCGUCACAGCCACCUUCCUGUCGGGGGCGGGCCACGACAACAGGGGCUUUGACGAUUCACUGGAGAUGCGGUUUGACUGUUGAGGUUCCGCCCCUCCUCUGGUCAGUCGUAUCGCACAUUCCCCCGCCCCGCCCACUGGGCGUUAUCCAUCGGGUCGUGCCAGGGACCUGCAGUGGCGGAGCCAGAACAAGGCAGCUACAGUGACAGGCGGUAGUGAGGGUCACCAGCUGAAGAUGAGGGGUCGCCCUCCGUCCAUCGCCCGAAACUGCACCAUGCUUGUGGUCUUGCGUACAGAUGCAGCGUGGAAGAGAAGAAGGAAAAGAAAGAGGAGAUGUAGCGUUACUGUAUGUGCAGAGGUUUCAUUUCAGUGGGGAUAGUUUCUGUUUCUGUUCUCUACUAUGGGUAACGUGUAGAGCAUGUUGUGUAGCUCAGUCGGGAGUGUUGACCUCGGUCACACGCCUCUGUGUGUGUGUGUGUGUGUGUGUGUGUGUGUGUGUGUGUGCGUGAGCGAGAGCGCGUGGAUGUGUGUGUGUGUGAGGGGAAGGCUUUGGUUGGAGAUGAACAUUAUUAGCAGGAACAGAGACAUCAUCAUCAGAGACGUGUAAUUUAUAUAAAGGAAAGAACUUUUUGUACGUGGACUCAUCAGUUUCCAUUUGAGAAAACAUUUUAUGAUAUAUUUUAUAAGUUAAAAUCAAUGGAGGCCAGUGCCGAGGCAGAGCUGCUUUGAACCGGAGCAUUUUCACACAGGUGAACGUUGACUCGUGUUUUAUAAAGAUGAGAUCAUACGAAUCUGUAACGUGAAAAUGUAAUGAUCCGAUCUCUGAUAUCUUAAACUGCAAAGAAGCAGAGAAACUGCUAAAUGUCAGGUUUGAAUACGAAACAUGCUACGAUGUUGUUGUGACAAAAAAAAAAAUGCCUUUAAAUGUGUCGUCGAUGAACCAGUGGUGGAGACGGAAGAUGAAACUUCUCUCUGGUUUGUUGUUGAAUGAAGCACUUUUCCCACUUUCUCACGCCGACCACACAUUUUCAAGCCGCCACGUUUCUUCCCUGUGUUAAAGUCUCUGGUUGAUCGCAGCCUCCUCGCUCUGUGUUUCACGAGAUUCUGUUUUCUCAAAGCUACACUCAUGCUGCUAAACACCACGGAGGACUGAAGAAGGAGAGCGCAGCUGGUUUCCUCGUCUUUCUGUUCAGUUUGUUAACAACAUUUGCAGUAUUUAUUGGAUGUCCCCUGACACGACGACAGGUGUCGGGCUUCGCUUUCACCUCCUCUGCCUGUCGAUCCGGUUUGGACUGUCUCUGUCUCGGUUACGUUGCCGUCUUCUUCUUAGUGUUAGUUCCUGGUGUCUCCAAACGAUUUUUGUUCUCCCUCGGGGCAUUUAAAUACCUGUAAUAUAACUGUAACAUAUUUCCACAAAAAAGAAAGAAAAUCAAAAACUUA